GCAUUGAAUGUAACGGUAAAAAUGUUAGGUUAGAAAUCCGGAUAAAUAUUGGACUCCCCAAUAUAGAAACCGUCGCUUCCAUCCAUUCAAUUAGUUUUUAUACAUCAAGUGUUGAUGCAAGCGACGCAUCAACAACCCGGUUUGUUUACAAACAUAACCUAACAAAAAGUCAAAGGAAAAAUGAUUCAGGCAGCAGGAGCAGCAUCUGGUAUCCCAGACAAGGCAUGGCAGCCGCAUUUUGUCUCCUUGGAGACUUCGAUGGGCGAAAUAACGAUUGAGCUGUACUGGAAGCACGCCCCAAAUACCUGCAGGAAUUUCGCUGAGCUCGUCCGACGUGGCUACUACAAUGGCACAAUUUUCCAUCGAAUUAUCCGGGAUUUUAUGAUUCAGGGUGGUGAUCCCACGGGCACCGGGCGCGGUGGAACGUCAAUCUACGGUGGGGAGUUUGCUGAUGAAAUUCAUCCGGAUCUCAAGCACACAGGCGCGGGGAUUCUCUCAAUGGCCAAUUCAGGCCCAAAUACGAAUGGAUCGCAAUUCUUCAUCACCCUGGCACCCACACAGUGGCUCGAUGGGAAGCACGCAAUCUUCGGUCGGGUACAUUCGGGGAUGCAGGUGGUGAAGCGCAUGGGAAUGGUGGAGACGGACAAGAAUGAUCGUCCAGUGGAUAAUAUGCAAAUUGUAAAGGGAAGAGUUGAGAAAUUUUAAUGAAAUAAAAAAGAAAUUAAAUCAAUAAA